CCAGGAAUGGCUUGGUGGUCUGUGAACGACCAACGUCAGCCCAAGUCGACUACGCCCUCACCACACCAUUGCUACCCUACUCCUCCGCACGCCGCCCCUCUGCGCAAGGCCGCGCUUGCUCUAUGUGAUCGUCCUACAGCUCAAUCUGGCGCCGCCCCUCCCGUAACACCUGUCAGUCACCAUGGACUUCUCUCGGAAAGACUACCCGGCCAUGCUGGACUCCCUCCAGCCCAGCCAAGCGUCUGCCGUGCUCAUUGACCGGCUCAAGCACAUCAACAAGGUCAACUUAGACAUCGCCGACUUUCUGCAGGAGCGACGCCGCUUGGAAGAUGCCUACGUCCAGGGCUUGCGCAAGCUGUCCCGCAGGCAGCCGCCGGAUGAGGGAGCUGAUCUUGGUGUGUUCGCGAUGCCCUGGUCCAAGAUUAUCAGCGCAACAGAGACCCUUGCCGAUUCGCACCACUCGCUCGCGCAAAAGCUCGAAACCGAUGUCGAGAAGCCGCUGCGCGACUUUGAGAAAACAAACCGUGAGAUGCAAGCCAUGUCGACCAUCACCGGCAACAUGAACGCUAUGGCCAAGGAAAUUGAGAACGCGCAGAAGAAAGCGGACAAACUGCAGGGCAAGGGCGCAAAAGCAUCAGCCGGCAAGGUUGCAUCUGCGAGCUCGGAGGUGGAGAAUGCAACCCAGCAAUGGAAUUCGCAGGCCCCAUUCAUCUUGGAACAGAUGCAGUCCGUGGAUGAAACCAGAGUGAACCACCUGCGCGAUGCUCUCACUCAAUUCCAGACCCUGGAAUUGGAUCAGAUCGACAGACAGCGGGCUCCGGUGGAGCAGGCGCUCGGUCUCCUUCUAGAAGUGCAGACGGCAGAUGAGAUCAAGACGUUCGCCUUGAAAGCCACAAAUGGAAAGGCUAAGAUUGAGAGGCAAAGGAGCAGGGGCCAGGCAACGGUCGCCGGUACCAAUCUUUCGCCUAUACCUCCGACCACCCCUGAUGAUGGAUCUAGCCAGCGGUCUGGCUCUGUGCAUGAGCAAAAGCAUGGCGGCCUCCAUGGCCUCAAACGACUCGGCACCGUCCUCGGUCGCCGUAAGAGCACCCUGCCGUAUGCGCGCGCCUCGUCUCCAGAACGGAAGUCUUCUGCCAAUUUAGGCUCUGCCUUUAGCUCCUUUGGAAGUCGCGGUACCAAAUCAAGAGACGUCAAUGAGCAUCGCCCCUCUUCGCCCUCGAGGCUCGCUGAGAGCCAAAUCCCGAGCUCGCCGGAGCCUAGCGAACCAUUGGCUUCUCCUGAGAGGUCACGACAGUCGGCCGACAGAACCAAUGGCGUGUCGACUAUAAUGGAGGACGACAGGACAUCAGAGGGUGACUUGAUCAAUAGUGGGCAGCCGUCUGGCCUUCCCUCGCUUCAGGAGCCUCUGAAACCAAUCUCGCCGGCAAGCCCAGCGAGUGUCUCUCCGGAGCCUCAGAAAGACGAUGAAGGUUUUUCGGUUCCAUCGUCAUCGGUUACGGCAGACCUUUUUGCCCAGGCUGAACAGGACGCUGCCGCCGAGAGCAUACCGCCUCAGUUCAAGGUCGACAUUAGGAAUGCCCCAAUUCAAGAGGAGGAUAGUAAUGAUGCGGAAACGGCAAUGGCUAAUGUCGCAAACACGCUGCGGAUGCAAGCUGCUCCGUCGCGGAAGAACGGCACCACCAGAGGAAGACGGGAUGUGCGCAACACCAUGUUUGUGCCAAGUCCGUCAGAAGCUCCAGAGCUUCCCUCCUUUGUUAGUCCUGCCGCUGCUCAAUCACCUUUACCUCUAGCAGCGCCGGCACCGAUACCUAUCCCUGCUUCUCCACCGUCGAUGAGGCCCCAGUCCCCACUGAGGCCUGCAAGUCAUCGCCUGAACUUGGGCAUGGGAGAGGACCACCCCGCAUCUGAUACUCAAUCAAUUCGCUCGGGUCGUUCGCUCAGCAGCUCAACUAGUCAUACCGUCAGGCACCCCGAACUUCAUGAGCCGGGCCUCAAUUCUUCAAUUGUCGAGACCGUCAGCACGUGGUUUGAGCAUGGCAAUGUGGUUAGAGCAGUAAUCAUCGGAGAGUUGGCACUGGCAUACAACCCGAUCGACAUCUCCGCUCCAUUUGGCCACGAAACGAUUCGCCUCGAAAACUUCCCCGUAUUGGAGAAAGUUGCGCCAAACCCGACCUUUAUCGAGCAAAUUCCCGACAAGGCCGGUGAAUACACUAUUGAUCUUGCGAGAAUCACCAGGACGCAGGUGGGUUUCAAAUACCAGGUGCACCUCGAUGAGACCAACGUCGCGACCUACGCGCCGAUAGCGUUGACUCCGGCCUGGAAGGUUGAGCCGACUCAAUCUUCCGUCAUCCUCAACUACUCGUUGAACCCUGCGUUCCGCCUCGGCGCUGGUCGCACCAGCGUGACGCUUAGCAACGUGGUUAUUGUCAUCCACCUGGACCCGACGGGUGCCAAAUCCUCGCACUGCCAGUCCAAACCCGUUGGCACUUUCUCCAAGGACAAGUCUCUUAUCUACUGGCGCCUUGGGGACGUAACUUUGAGCACCGAUCAACCUGCGCAGCAGUUGCGUGCUCGCUUCUACACCGACGGGGAGGCCAAGCCCGGUAACAUUGAGGGGCGCUGGGAGAUUGUUGGUGAACACGCUGCGCCGCAAGGCAGCGGCCUGCACGUCUCCCAGCUCAUCCAGGGCGAGACAGAGUCGGACGUUGACCCGUUUGCGGAUACGGACGAGACUCAGCCCCCGAGCGAGCCGUCCAUCAUGACAAAGGAAGUCGCUACGGUAAAGAAAAUUUCCAGCGGCACAUACUCUGCCGUCUAGGUUAUAGGAUAAUUUUAAGCGGAUGACUGGCACACUGGUUGGGUAAGUAAGUGGCUUAAAUGGGUGGUGUUUAACAUAAGCGUGCUUUUACAGCUAGAUAUCAUUCAUCGCAGCGCCAGUUUGAUAUGGCCACGGCCGGGCGCCUCUUUUCUUUGUACAUAGAUCCAUCGUGUUUCGGAAUGGAUAAACACAAUCGCUUGUAUACUUUUCAUUAGAUCAUAUUCUCACUACACAUUAAUCGUUCCUUUCCUUGCUUUGCGUACCGUUCUGCGAGCCGUUUGCGUUGCCGUUCCCGUUUUCCUCGUCCUUCUGUUUCGGCUUCUCCAUCCUGUAGGUGCCGUUAUAGCUAAUCCUCCUGCC